UUGACAAAUGUUAAAUACCACACGUGUAAAAAACCUCGAUGAAAAAUAUAUCGCAACAAUUAAUAAAAUACGUGAUAUCGCUCGAAAAUUAGAAAUGAGUUUAAAAUAUUCGCGGAAUUUAGAAGCUGUCCGUUUCCUACGGUAUUCUACUUUAAAAUCUCGCGAUAGAAUUUUAACGGAUAAUUUAAGAAAAGCUAAAAUACAAAAUGAGCAAAUGUUAAAUUUAUUUCGACAAAGUGUUACGGAUAUUCAACUUGAUUCUGUUGAUAUAUUGCCGGAAGCUUUAAAGAGACAAGUACAGAGAACAUGGCACCAAAAAUAUGACGCUUUGUUAUCGCAAAACGAAUGUUUGAAGGAGCAAAUUAACACUAUGAAUUACAAAAUGAAAAAAAAGCAGAAACAGAUCAAUACUUUGCAGCAGAAAUUGCUCAACCUGGCAGGAAAAAUCGUUAAUUCUGAUGAAAAUAAUGAAAAAAUCUGCAGCAAAUGCUGGAUCUUAACAAAUGAACCCUAAGUUAAAAUGUGAAUUAGUUAGUGUGA